GUGUGUGUGUGUUAGUGAAUGCAUCCGCAUGCGUUCAGUCCCCACUGCUGAAGAAUGAGAGCGAUUCUAAAGAACGGAAGUGAACCGACCAUUUUGAAACCCCGCACCGCUUAGCACUAUGGAUAAGGGCCACACGGUUAAGCUCUUCGUAGGGAAUCUGGCCCUUGAAACCACGCAAGAAGAACUGUCAGCCAUCUUUGAGUCGUAUGGCCAGGUGGUUAGCUGCAGCGUCUUGAGACAGUUUGCUUUUGUACACUUGCAAGGAGAGGGUGCUGCUGAGCGUGCCAUCCAAGAGCUCAAUGGCCGAGAGUUCAAAGGACGCAACCUUGUGGUCGAGGAGUCCCGAGGACGCCCGCUCCACUCGACGAAGGUGUUUGUGGGUAAUCUGAGUAGUAUGUGCACCACAGAAGAUCUUCGGGAGCUGUUUCAGACCUUUGGCAAAGUUUUGGAGUGCGAUAAGGUGAAAGGUUAUGCCUUUGUCCACAUGGAGAACAAGGAGGAUGCGCUGCAGGCAAUUGAGGCUUUGCAUGGGACCUCCUUCAAAGGACGACCGCUCUCUGUGGAGCUGUCCAAAGUUCAGCCAAGUAAGCAGGCUCCAACUGGGAAAAUCCCGUGUGUCUGUUGUGGAAAACAGGGCCAUUAUGCAGGUGAAUGCCCAGCUGGUAAACCCACCCUAGAGCAGUACCAGAGCCAAGCGGCCGUGUUAGCCGCCGCCGCCGCUGCAGCUGCUGGCCUUCCACUGCAGGUUCAACAGAGUGUCCACAAUUCUGUGUACAACACCUCAACGUUUGACCCCACGUAUGCUGCUUUGACUGGACUUACAGCUGCUGGUGCGAGGGCGGAAGGAGGAACCGCCGUGGCGCCAGCUGUGUACGGUGCACUAGCUAGUCAAUUGUACGGGACGGUUUCCAAUCAGCUGUACGGUGGGACACUUGCAAAUCAGGCACUCAACUCUGGUGCUGCUGCAGCUGCCACACAGGUGUACGGCUCCAUUAACCCAGCUCUCUAUGGGCAGGUGACAAACGGAGCAGUUGGAGCUGCAUACAGUCCACAAGUUUACACAUCCGCUGUAGCGAAUCCAAUGUUCCUAGCUGCAGCGCACAGCAUGGAGGUACCGACCGCUGCUGCGGUUAACCCAGCUUAUACAGUAGCACCAGCUCUCUACACCGCUUCCCCGGCCUACGGGGGUUUUGGGGCAGCUGACCCAGCAGCUAUCUUUGAGGCAGCAAGGGCGCACUACUUUGCACAAGGACAGCAAGUUCUAGCUGAACAGCAACAGGCUAGCUCAAAGUCUGGAGAGAGGGACCGGAGUCCGCUAAGAAGAUCUGCUCCGCUGCUGCCAGACCCUGUUAUGAAACCAUUUAUGUACCAGAGGGCCAAGCGCAGAGCAUUGUUGCCUACACCUGCGGGUCGAGAGGAAGCCGCUGCACAGGAGGAUGACGCUGUAGCCAGACUUGUAUGAAUCGGAGCCCUGAAAAGAAGCUAAAGGACUAGAGACUGAUCCCAAUCUCACCCCUGUCUCUAUGGAUGGGGUAAGUCUAGGGGCAACCCCACUCUAUACCCCACAGCUGCACACACCAUACCAAACCCCUUCCCCAGGAGCAGCAAAAUCUUCGACCCAGCUUUUGGUACUUUUUAACCACCCAUAGUCCCCAUGCAGUUUCUUUAACUCUUUAACUGGAGUGUGCUUCAAUGAUGACUAUCCUUGACAUGCUUUUAUGAUGCAAGCAUAUUGUAAAACAUGUUUAUGUGUGAGUGUCAGGAGGCACCCACACUGUAAAACUUUUCUGCAUUUCCUUUAGUUGUACGUGAUGGGGCUGCAAUUGUAAAUUCAAGAUCUCUCCCACAAGGCUUCGCUCACUUCUGCUUCCAUUGUGCAUGCUUCUUUUUUUUUCUUGUUUUCACCCCCAAAAACAAAGAUUUCUGAUGUGACUGUUCCAACUGAACUAGGUCCCUAUGGAACUGUGGACACCAAACGCAGAGCUGGUUUGGGGGGAAGAAAGUUAGCGUCGCGCAGUGUACAGGAAACUCUUUCACUCCAUACAGGUAAACGCACUGUGCCUCGCCCCCUUUCUACCUGUCAUCCUCCCCGAUAGCACUUGCGCCUGACCGUGUAUCCACUCUAUUUCUCCUCACCACCACCCCACCCCUCUUGUAGAUUCCUUACUUCUCGUCACCACUGCCAUAGCCAAUUGGUUCUCUAAACACCAGUGUUAUGCUACUCUGUCACUGCCAAAAGGGGGCGGCGGGGGUGACCGUUUACUGCUUCUGUGGUUAGUGUGUGUCGGUAAUGGGUGGGUGCUUGGUGCUCCUAUAACUGAUGUGUUGGUUUAGCUUCGGAGAGAGUGUGGUGAUAAUGUGUCCGUAAGCAACUGAGUGAGUGGACUUGCUGGUCAAUGAUUGAAAGACUGCGUAAAAUGAGUGUUAAAACAAGUUUGCAAGGGUGGCUGAUAAAGGUGUGUGACAAAGGUGAGUGAUUGUGCAUCAGUAUCGUCGACCUCACCUGGCCCCCCGUCUCCAUGUGCCUUUUUUUUGUUUGUUUAUUUGAUUUAACCCUUGCCCCCAGGCUUCCUCGAGUCUACUCGCCGUUAAUGCCCAGCUCACCGCCGCCCUCGUCGCAUCCCCAGUGCUAGUUAUUACGUUUGUUCAGUGUUAACCACUGCUUGAACGCAUCCGCAAAAGCUCUGUGACUGGACCUGAGACACUGGCCAACAUUUUAUUCGCAAGACUCUCAUUUGGGCUCAGUGACACUGGAAACCCUUAUCAAGCAGUGCUUGACUGUGAUGCACUGCUCCGCCGUAAACCAACAAGGCAUUCUUAUCAUAAACAUAUGCUUUUGUUUCCUAAAUUGACAACAAUUCUUGAGCAGAAGCUUAGUUAUAGUCAUACCAAACAGUUACCAAAUUUGGUUUUUGUUUGUCAGAUGAAAAGACAUUAUUUUAGGAGUUAAUCUGAAAGCUACCUUGUGUUACCUGUUCAAAUGAGAGUUUGUUAUAAUGUUUGUGUUUGAAAUAGCUGAAUGUAUAAGUAGGUGGCACAGAUUUAGAUCGCCUACCUGGUUAAAUUACAUAGCCGGUAGAGGAAUGUCCUAGAAAACAAGCAGCUUCAGCUGGGGAAAAAAAAGACUGCUGAACCUGAGCUGCCGGAGGGAUACUUACAGGACCUUUCCUCCAGAGGGAGCAUGGUAGUGAAGUGUGGCUUAUUUCACUAGAAGGUGCUGUUGUUCUUGAUUUUUUCUGAUGAUGAUGAUAUAGCAUCUUCCCAUACAUUGUCACACACAUCUGCAUUGCUUCUUGUCUAUAGUGUCUGUUUAACUUUGCCUGUAGGAAUGAGGGGAAAAGGACAAGAUGACCUCAGUUUUAGAUCUUAUUCUGGAGGAAAAGGAACUGUUCGUUACCUGAAAUAAGAUGUCUCUUAUGCCAGAGACAGAGUAGUAGCUGGUACUCCCAAUGUUAGCGGUAUUAAGAUCUUUGGCUUGCAGAUAUUUGCGGUUGACAGAUUUCCAUGAUGUUCGUAGCAUCCGUUAAUGAUGACAGGUGUCUGCGGCAGAUAGUUAUCACUGGUUUUUGAGAAGAGCCUUCUAUACAGAAUUUUGGUUCUUAAACAUGGUUCUUGGUUCGUAAACAAAUCACUUACCUCCUUCUCAGACUUGCUCUUCCAGCUUAAGUCUCUUUGAACCUAGAUGAUACGCUCUUUCUGUCCACUUCCUCUCUAGAUAUCGUCGACCUUCUUGUUUAAACUGGACAAUAACAAUAACACAACCUCUCUUGUUUGAAUCCUGUUAUAUUUAGAAAACUUCAGUAUUUUAUUGUUUUAAAUUUUUCUUUUUUUCCCCCUCUCUGAUUCUUUAUAAGGAUAUCCCCUAC